AUGCGCAGCGUCAUCUUCGAUGGGGGCAUCCGUGUGCCUUCGUACGUCGCCUCCAUUCCGCGCAGCAACACCACGCCCGCGUUUGUGGUGCCCGACUUCUUCAACGCCUUUGUGCUGCCGGACUUCUUUGGCACCCAAGGCAGGGCGGUACGUGCACUGCACCAGGCCGACCUCGAGCGUGCUCGUUUCGAAAGCCGUCGAACACCCGGCCGAGUAUUCGUUCGCAAUUGCUCCGAGCUGCUGGCGCCGGAGCUACCCAGAGCGGUCCGCAGCAUUUGGCAGACGCCCUUGGUUCUGGAGGCGCUCCGCGCCCGCACGAACACGUCGCUGCGGCUCUUCCCGCCGACGGACGAGAAGUCGGUGCACGCUCUGCGAUAUUCCGAGCCGGGCGAUGGCAUCAGCCCGCAUUUCGACGGCAACCCGUUCCAAGGGAGGCGGCUGGCUGUGAUCUAUGUGGUGCGUGACGACGCCGAGAGCCUCCUGCACUUUGAGGGCGAGCCUGUGCAGGCGCCUGAGGGAAGUGUGGUGAUCUUCGAGGGCGAUCGCCACCUUGUGAGCAUUGCUCCUGCCAGCACCGCGAGCGAGGACUGCGCCACCACAGCUCUUCCACAGCUCGGUCCGGAAGGGCCGUACACGCACGGCUGCAACACGUGGGCCGCUCUUCGGCGAUCGGCGGCGCGGCUGCAGUCAGCUGGCCUGCCACGAGGCGCGAACGCGACUGACUAA